AUGGCCGACUCACGAGAGUCACAGCACUCGCUGCUCCCAGAAGAAGAGGACUUGGUCUCACAGCCAUGGCAUCCUCUCGGGCGAUCAUCUUCCGAAGACGAUCCCAUCUUCAUCGACAGAGAGAGUUUCUCCGAUAGCGUGUUUCGCGAAGUCGGCCUGGGCAUCUCCCAACCAUCUCCGCCACCAGGGACGCUCCCUCGAGGAAAACGAGAUUCUUAUCUCUCUAGCGGCACCAGCCAGCCCAGCCAGCCCACGACCCCGGGGUUCUUGAAAACUCCUCAAGAAACCCCCGGCCUCUCGCCCGGCCUGUCGCAAACCCACCCUGUUCACCUUCCUAAUUGUCCCACCCGCGAAUCUCUGUUCAAACGGCGCAUAUCAUGGAUUCCAGUUACGAUCCUGAUUCUGGCGUUCUAUGCGACAUGCGGCGCCGGAACGUACUUGGUGAUUGCGAUCUGGGGCCCCAGAUGGAAGAGCAUUGGUAGCACCAGCGGAACGGCUCCGUCGACGGCCAAUUUACUGUGUGCUUUCUUUGCAAAGACCAUCGAAUUGGCCUAUGUUACAAUCUGUGUGGCCUUUCUGGGCCAGGUACUGAGCCGCCGCGCGUUGACGAAGAACUCGCGGGGGAUCAGCCUCGCGGAUAUGAGCAUGCGAACGUGGAUCAUGCAACCGGGGUCAAUGAUUGUCCACUGGCAGACGCUUCGAUACUCGGCUCUCACGUUCCUCGGAAUGAUCGCAUUGGUCGCAUCCUUUGUAGCGAUGCUAUAUACCACUGCCGCCGAAGCCUUAGUAUCUCCAAAACUCAUCAUGGGGCCUGUCGAGGACAUUCAGCUCUACGGUCAAGUCUCGGCCAGUUUUGCCAAUACCAUCUAUCUGGAGCGGACGUGCCAAACUCCAAUCUCCGUGCAAAUGGAUCCCUACAAUCGCAACUUGACUUGCUUCGACCUGGAACACGUAGGAAGUGCCUACCACAACUACCAGCAAUGGAUCAGCAACUGGGCGGGGCUGGUGGAAGAGAAUCCGUUAUCGGACAACCUGUAUCGACGCCCGCCACCGACCGGUUCGAUUUGGGACAAUACCACCGUCAUCGGCGCCUAUAUCGAAAUUCAAAACAUGACCGAGCUCUCCAAGAAACACGGCCGCUUUGUCCAAAAUGUGACCACGGCUUUCCCGCACGGCAACGUUCCCCGUGCUGCCUUUGACGGGAUCAAUCAAAUUCGCCAGCCGGUUGACGCAUCCGGGGGAGGGAAGUAUAACAUCGAAGCUGCGGUGCCUUCUCCGGCAAUGAACGUGCUUUGCGCCGGCAUGACCGCGGAGGAACUCGCCCCCAUCGUGUAUACCGCCUGGCCCAAUUCCAGCGAUUUCAACGCGACCACCUGGAGCGUCAAGCCCUCGAGCAACAUUCCCGUCAAUACGACCUGGUACAAUAGCACGGUCGUCGACGAUCUCUUCGGCUUCGGUGAGAAAUACGGCCAGCAGCCCCGAUCUUCGGGACGCAUCUCCUCUCCCGAGUACGUCUUGUGCGCUAUCCGCGCCAAAGAAACCGGGAAAUGCUCAACUUCCUACCGGGCUGCCUCCAGCGGGGCCGUCCUCUUCGCCAACUGCGAUGAAGACGGUAACAAGUACCAAUACAAUAAACACGAUAAGAACUUCAAGGAAGGCAUCUGGUCUGCCGAUUACAAGAAUGUCGUCGGCCAAUGGGCCAGCUCCGUCUCCCUAGGAUCCGGAAUCACGGGCGCGGACGCAAGCAGCGAGCGCCUGAUCAUGCAAAUGAUGCCGUCCUACGACAACGCCACCGACUCCUACUCCCUCAGCCCGCAACUGCCGUCCAUUGGCGAGGCGCUGUCCGGCUGGAAUUACUCCGGCGCCAACGAUAUGCUCGACGAGCCUGUGUACCAGCACUUCCCUGCCGCGCUCCAGGCGAUGGUGUACGCGUCCGGCGAAACGGAGAAGUGGCAGGGCAUCUUCUACGUCAUCCUGGUCUUCGCGUUCCUCACCAGCGCCAUCGUCUUCGUGUUCUUGAUCUUCGAGGCCCGCGGCCACCAGGUCACCGAUUUCACCGAGCCACAGAAUCUCUUCGCGAUUGCUGUGAAUAGUCCGCUGACGACCCGGCUCGACGGUGCGUGUGGCUGUGGGCCUGUGGGGAGACAGCUCAAGGAGCGAUGGUAUAUUGGGAUGGAAGAGGAAGACUCUCACUUCUAUAUCCGGGCCAAGGCGGACAAGGAUAGUCCGUAUGGCUUUCCUUCGGAUACGGGGAAGACAUCGGGGUAUUCACGGUUUGAUAACCUGGAGGUCGAGGAAUCGAGCUUGAAGCCGGCGAGUCCGGCUGCGAAUGAUUACCGUCGUCUUUCGAGGCAGACCUCUUGGCUGGGCAGGUUUUAUUGA